AUGUAUCUAGAAUAUUCUGGAAGUAAAGUAACAGGGUCGCUGGUCACGAUGGGACGUUCAAGGAGACUGGCCAGCGUGACGACCAACACGCACGCGAUGUCGGAGGCGAUGAACAAUGCGACACAGUCGCCAAGACAUGCCGACGCCAUGAAAAAUGCGGACGAUCAGUACUUGUCGAAGACAAUGAGAGAGUACAAGAACAUCCACGUGCUUGCUGAGCAUGCGCUCAUGGGGGUUCAAAAGAUCGACCUUCAGAUCCCUUUGCUUUACACUGAAGAAGAGACUGAGAAUCUCAGAGGGCUCCACGAGACUCUCAGGAAGUGCAAGUCAGAGGACAGCAUCUGCUCUAUGAAGCCGAAGCCGAAAUGGGAGGAUACGGUCAAUCCUGUCCUGCUUAUGCUGCUUUUUGUCAACAUCUUAAUGUUCUCAGUGAUGCUUUUGAUGGCCCUUUUGCCCCGCCAGCACAGCGUGUAAUUCUAGACCUGCAAUCAUGCGAAUGACCAACUCUCUGAUCCCGCCUGAUCUUUCUACCUUUCUUUACUCGUUUGUAGACUAGUAAUUUAAUGAAAUCUUGCAAAAC